GGCUCAUCCAAACCCCAAUUAUCUAUAAAUACCCACUCCUCCCUCUUUCUCUAAUCAUCACUUAGUUUCCACACAUUCAAACAUCUCAUAUAUAUCUUAGCUGCAGCAUUUAUUUAUAUUAUAUUCUUCAAUUCUCAAUUGAAAAUAAUGGGUGUUAGAUUACUUAUCAUUGCCACUGCGGUUUUGGCAUUGGCAUCUUCAUUUGCAGAAGCAUCAGAUCCCAGCCCUUUGCAAGAUUUCUGUGUUGCUGUUAAUGACUCCAAGGCUGCAGUGUUUGUUAAUGGAAAGAUUUGCAAGAACCCAAUGGAAGUUGAUGCCAAUGAUUUCCUCUUCCGAGGUCUUAACAAGCCUGGAAAUACAUCAAAUCCACUUGGAUCAGCCGUCUCACCUGUGAAUGUCAAUAAUCUACCCGGACUUAAUACACUUGGCAUUUCACUAGCUCGUAUUGAUUUUGAGCCCUACGGCCUCAACCCACCCCACACCCACCCUCGUGCAACCGAAGUCCUCACAGUCUUGGAAGGCACCCUCUAUGUUGGAUUUGUCCUUUCUAAUCCAGCACCAGGAAUGAAGAACAAACUCUUCACCAAAGUACUUAACGCAGGCGAUGUUUUCGUAUUCCCAGAAGGUCUCAUUCAUUUCCAAUUCAACAUCGGACAUUCAAAAGCCAUAGCUUUUGCUGGCCUAAGCAGUCAAAAUCCAGGAGUCAUUACUAUUGCCAAUGCUGUUUUCGGAUCGGAUCCACCAAUCAGUCCAAAUGUUUUGACUAAAGCAUUCCAAGUGGACAAGAAUGUGAUUAACUACCUCCAAUCACAAUUCUGGUACAACAACAACAACUAGUACGUGAACCAAAGCAAG